AUGAAGGUUAUCUUGCUACUCGGACUGGCUGUGGCUGUUUACUCAGCAUCAGCAGUGCCGCUGCAAGGAAUUGAGAAAGAUUACCCGCGUUUUAUUGAAUUCCCUGAUGGCGAUGGUGUCAUGCAUACGGUUGACCUAGAGGCAGAGCCUGACAUGGAGCUUCUCGACGAAAUUAACAGGAAUCCUUCCAACAAUCAAUAUCUUCUCUAUACUAGGCGCAACCCGAGAAGAGCGCAGACUCUUACCAUAAACAACGCGAACUCUGUCACGUCCUCUAACUUUAACGCACGCAACCCUACAGUUGUUAUCGCCCAUGGAUGGUUAAGCAAUCAAAACACUAACUUGAAUCCGGCCAUCCGUGAUGCCUAUUUGGGUAAAAGCGAUACUAACGUGAUCGUAUUAGACUGGAGGAGACUCGCCGCCUCUGACUACGCAACUGCCGCAAGAGGAGUGCCUGCUGUUGGCCGAGGCCUGGGGCAGUUUUUGACAUUCCUAAAUAGAGUAACUAACGCACCUUUCAAUACAAUGCAUUUGGUCGGCUUUAGUUUGGGAGCUCAUCUGGUGGGUAACGCUGGUAGGGAACUCGGUGGAAGGGCAGCCCGUGUCACUGGCUUGGACCCCGCUGGCCCUCUAUGGAACUAUAACACCAACCGUUUGCGUCCUACUGACGGCGUUUACGUCGAAGCUAUCCACACUGAUGGCGGAGCCUCCGGACUAGGCAUCGGUUCGGCAGUCGCCAACGCUGACUUCUUCCCCAACGGUGGUAACUCCCAACCCGGUUGUUUGGCGAGCUUGUGCAACCACAACCGCGCUUGGGAACUCUUCGCUGCAACAGUCACACACAAUCACUUGGUCGGCCAGCAAUGUACAAGCACAUUGCAAAUCACAAUGAACAAUUGCAGAGGCAGCAGAUUGAACAUGGGCAAUGAUAUAUUAACAAAGACUGGAUCCGGAUUGUACCGGCUGGACACUCAGAGGAGAUAUCCUUUC